GAUAGUAUGGUUGUAGGUUAAGUCGCAGUGCAUUGUAUUUGGUGAUACGUCGCAAUGGCAGCUCCGGUGAAAAAGCGUGAAAUUGAGCGAAAUUUACACGACGAUGACGAGGAUGAUGUCUCGUCAAGCAGCGAGGACGAGGAAUAUGAGGUUGCGGACGAACAGGGAAUGGAGCUUCAAUUGGAUUUUGAGGGUCGUAAUCCACAAGAUCCAGAUUAUCAUGGAAUCAAAACAUUAUUGAAACAACUUUUUCUUAAAGCACGUAUCGACUUAGGCGGACUCACAGAUUUAAUAAUAUCUCAGAAUUAUGUAGGAUCUGUUGUUAAACAAUCUGAGGAAAUAGAUGAAUCUGAUGAUGAUGAUGACAGUGAUAUUAAUGAUGUAUUUGGAAUUACAACUGUCAUUAAUGUUUCUGACAGACAGAAUACUUCAUGUAUACAACAGCUUAGGGAUUUAUUGAAGCAAUUAGCAGAUGAGCAUGCAACAGAUGCAGCUAAUGCUAUGAUAAAGAAUGUAUUGGAGAAUGAUGCAGCACAAUUGGGUUUACUUAUUAAUGAGAGAUUUGUCAAUAUCCCAGCUAAGAUUUCAGUACCACUCCUUGAAAAUUUAAUUUCUGAAGUGAAACGUGCCAAUAAUAAAAAUAUGCCAUUUAAUUUCUCUUAUUACGUACUUAUAUGUAAACUAUACAAGUCAGAAGAUAAGAAAACCAACAAAAAAUCAAAGAAUAAGAAUAGAAAAACCGGCAAUGAACCGUCUAUAUUAUGGAGUAAUCCAGAAGAAGAAAUUUUUGCAGAAAAUGCAACUGUUAGUUUCGAAUUCUCCGUUGAAGAAGAAGCAGAUAGUGGUUUAUCUGGAACAUGGACUGAAUCAGAUGAUGAAAUGAUACCUUAUAGACGAGUUCUUCUUUUCGAAGCUCCUAAAUUACAAUCCAUAUUUGAAAAAAUACAGAAUCAAUUUUCAUAACUUGAUUCCAUUUAAACUAUUAAUUAUAUUAUUAUAUUAAUAUAUAAUAGCUUAUAUUAUUAAUAUAAGUAUUAAUAUCGAUAAAAUAGCUGAACCUUAGAAGCGCAUAACUUCUAUUUGCAAUAUAAGCUGUGCUUUUCAAUGAAAAUUUCUUUGAUAUCUACUUAUGACAAAGUGUAAUAGAAAUAGUAUGUGCAGUAAUUUUUUUACAAUAUAUCUUUUACACUUAUUCUAUAAAA